CUUUUUAAAAAAAAAAAAAAAAGAAAGAAAGAAAGAAAGAAAAAAACACUGCAAGAAAGAGACUUUCACGGCCUCCAGCUUUGGUCUUGUAACCCUGAAGGUAAUUCAUUUUUAAUCUGUCUGCACAGUGAAAACUGAACCGAAUGGGGAUUGAGCUGUUCUGCCUGUUCCUGCUACUUCUAGGAAGGAAUGAUCGCGUCCAAGGUGACUGUGCCUGGGGUGCUGCAGAAACCUGCUCAGACUGCUUGCUCUCCGGACCUCACUGUGCCUGGUGCUCCCAGGAGAAUUUCACCCACCUGUCUGGAGUUGGCGAAAGGUGUGACACCCCAGCAAAUCUUUUAGCCAAAGGAUGUCAAUUACCCUUCAUUGAAAACCCUGUCUCCCAAGUAGAAAUACUUCAAAAUAAGCCUCUCAGCGUGGGCCGACAGCAGAAUAGUUCCGACAUUGUUCAGAUUGCUCCGCAAAGCUUGGUUCUUAAACUGAGGCCAGGCGCUGAGCAGACUCUGCAAGUUCAGGUCCGCCAGACGGAAGAUUACCCAGUAGAUCUAUAUUACCUCAUGGACCUCUCUGCCUCCAUGGACGAUGACCUCAACACAAUCAAAGAGCUGGGCUCCCGGCUUGCCAAGGAGAUGUCCAAAUUAACCAGCAACUUCAGACUGGGCUUCGGAUCGUUUGUGGAAAAGCCCGUUUCUCCUUUUAUGAAGACAACACCGGAGGAAAUCACCAACCCUUGCAGUAGUAUUCCCUACUUCUGUUUACCUACAUUUGGAUUCAAGCACAUUUUGCCAUUGACUGAUGAUGCCGAGAGAUUCAAUGAAAUAGUGAGGAAACAGAAGAUUUCUGCAAAUAUUGACACGCCUGAAGGUGGAUUUGAUGCUAUUAUGCAGGCUGCUGUGUGUAAGGAAAGGAUUGGCUGGCGCAACGACUCACUCCACCUCCUGGUUUUUGUGAGUGACGCCGAUUCUCAUUUUGGAAUGGACAGCAAGCUGGCAGGCAUUGUCAUUCCCAACGACGGGCUCUGCCACUUGGACAGCAGGAAUGAAUACUCCAUGUCAACUGUCUUGGAAUAUCCAACAAUCGGCCAACUCAUUGAUAAACUGGUACAAAACAACGUCCUGCUGAUCUUUGCCGUCACCCAAGAACAAGUCCACUUGUACGAGAGUUAUGCAAAACUCAUUCCUGGAGCGACCGUGGGACUGCUUCAGAAAGACUCUGGGAACAUCCUUCAGCUGAUCAUCUCUGCUUAUGAAGAACUGCGGUCUGAGGUGGAACUGGAAGUGCUGGGAGACACAGAAGGGCUCAACCUGUCUUUCACGGCUGUCUGUGGCAAUGGCGUCCUCUUCCCACACCAAAAGAAGUGCUCCCACAUGAAAGUUGGGGACACGGCGUCCUUCAAUGUGACGGUGAGCAUAUCCAACUGUGAGAAGAGGAGCCGGAACCUUGUCGUGAAGCCCGUGGGGCUGGGGGACGCCCUGGACAUCCUCGUCAGUGCGGAAUGCGACUGCGAAUGCCAGAGGGACGUCGAAGUCAACAGCUCCCGGUGCCACCACGGGAACGGCUCCUUCCAGUGCGGGGUGUGCGCCUGCCACCCCGGCCACAUGGGUCCUCGCUGUGAGUGCGGCGAGGACACGGUGAGCGCGGACGCCUGCAAGGAGUCCCCGGCUCACGCCUCGUGCAGCGGAAGGGGCGACUGCUACUGCGGCCAGUGCGUCUGCCACCUGUCGCCCUACGGGAGCAUCUACGGGCCGUACUGCCAGUGCGACAACUUCUCCUGCCUGAGACACAAGGGCCUGCUCUGCGGAGGUAACGGCCACUGUGACUGUGGCGAAUGUGUGUGCCGGGAAGGCUGGACUGGCGAGUACUGCAACUGUACAACCGGCAGGGGCCCGUGCACGUCUGAAGACGGAGUGCUGUGCAGUGGCCGCGGCGACUGCGUCUGCGGCAAGUGUGUCUGCAGGGACCCCGGGGCCUCAGGCCCCGCCUGUGAACGCUGUCCCACCUGCGGUGACCCCUGUAACUCUAAACGGAGCUGCAUCGAGUGUUACCUGUCUGAGGACGGCCAGACGCAAGAAGAGUGUGUGGACAAGUGCAAAGCCACCGGGGCCACCAUCAGCGAGGAAGAUUUUUCGAAGGAUACUUCUGUUUCCUGCUCUAUACAAGGAGAAAAUGAAUGUCUUAUUACAUUCCUAAUAACUGCGGAUAACGAAGGGAAAACCAUCAUUCACAACAUCAGCGAACAAGACUGCCCCAAACCUCCAAACAUCCCCAUGAUCAUGUUGGGAGUAUCACUGGCUAUCCUGCUCAUCGGAGUGGUCCUGCUGUGUAUUUGGAAGCUGCUGGUAUCAUUUCACGAUCGGAAGGAAGUUGCUAAAUUUGAAGCAGAGCGAUCAAAGGCCAAGUGGCAAACGGGAACCAACCCGCUGUACAGAGGCUCCACCAGCACUUUUAAGAACGUGACCUACAAACACAGGGAGAAGCACAAGGCAGGCCUUUCUACAGACGGGUAGACAGGCCCACUUCAGCCAGAGUCAACUUCACCGACAUUAAAGGUUAAUUCACUGUUUGAUUUGUCUUUCUUUGUUGCUUCAAAAGGAGUUUGACUUAAGAUAGUAAGGGGUCACUUGGAGAUUAGUCAUUCUCGGCGUGAAGGUGAGACACUUUUGGCAGGUUUGAAAUAAUCAAGAGAAGACUAUCCUAAGCAAAGAGGUGAAUUCAAGAUCGCUUGAAGAAGAUGAACUCUGUUGCAUUAAUGCCUCAAAAAAAAAUCAUCAAAAUGAUUCAUGGGGACUUGAUUUGCAUUUGAAAAAUGUUCAGAAUUAGAAUCUUAUUUACUUCCUGAAUCUGGUUACCUAAAGUCUUUGUCUCCACAAAGUCGUUCAGUCUUUAUGUAUGCACCAUGCAUCCAUACUGGCUGUUUAUUCUAAACUUGCA